GAAACACCAUUACAUCGAGUAGCAGCGUUUGGUACUGUUUCCACAGCGGAAUAUCUUCUCACUUCUGGACAUUCGUUGCAACCAAGGAAUAAUGAUCAACAAACACCGUUGCACUUAGCCUGUCGAUACGGCAACCUGGAGGUUAUAGAACUUCUGCUUCGAACGGGUUCAGAUCUUCUUGCCUUGACAAAUGACAACAGGACAUGUCUGGACAGUGCAGUAGGAAGUCCAAAUGUCUUUAGAGCUCAGCCUGCGGCUAGACUAAGGGCAAUUAUCCGCUAUCUUGAGAGCAAGUACCCAGAGGAGCAGAAGAAGGUAAUGGAAAUUGUUCGACAUGCCGCUGAGAAGGAGACUGCUGACCCUCACAACCGUCGUUUUCUUCAGACUUACCUUCAGCUGGAGGAAUUUUAUUCCGAAGGCCAAGUGGACGCUAACACUCUAGUUGUUCUAGUUAGCGGGGAACAACUUGUUGGGAAGUCGACACUGAUCAAGACAUUGAGAGAAGAAGGAAACAACGGCACAUCAAACGACUCGAAACGAACCCGAGGCAUCCAGAUGUCCAACUUCACUGAUAAUCUUGGUCAGCAUUUGCGUAUCAAAGAUCUCGCUGGGCAGGACGCGUUUUCAGCGACACACGACAUUUUCUGCCUAUCCACAUCAGUACCAAGCCUCGGUCUUGCUGUUGUCAAUAGUAAAUGGGACGAGAAACUGAUUACAACAAGCAUAACCACCACAGUUGGUCGGUUUUUGAGCCGGAGACCACCAUCGGUAACAUCAGAACAGCCGUUCAAUGUCAUGAUCAUUGCGACCUUCCGCGACGAGAUCAAGAGAGAGGAUCAUGAAAAACUUGCUGCAAAGCUUGCCACAAGCUAUAGUAGUGUCGAGAAGGAAUUUGGUGAUAAACUCCACUUUCGAGGACGCUUUGCUAUCAAUGCCACCGCCAAUGACGCAGACUUCGAUCGCUUGAGAGUUAAACUUUCUGAGGUCUGCAGAGAUAUCCUGAGCAAAUCUCCCAAGCAACCCAAAGUGCUCGGGCAGGCAGAGGAAGUACUGGCACAACUGCAUGACCACAUCCGAGAGCCAUUCUCAACAAGUCGGGAGUUCUCUCGACAGCUUUGUGCUGCUAGCCACGUACAGUAUGAUGACGAUGAAGAUAGCAUCAACACCGCACAAAUCCGUCGAUAUCGCAAGAUCCUCAAUGCGUAUGGGCUGAUUGUUUCUUUCUCAUCACCUGAGCUGGACGACAUCAUUGUUAACCGACCCAACUGGUUGCUCUCCAAGGUCAUUGGUCUCAUUUUCGCACCACCUGGGCUUGAUGACGGAGAUAUGCUGCACUUCAUAGAUGGUGUUGCGAAGGUCCAGGAAGUCCUCGGCAAGCUUAACAGCUGCGAGGGAGCAGAAGGUCAGGGCCCUCUGCUGCUGCAGAUGGUGAUACAACUAGGUGUGUUGCUCCAGGAGAAAGGAAGGAUCCUGGCACCCAGCCGUCUUCCGACCGCUGACAACUGCCUCGGCUCACUGGCCAAGAAAGAUUCAUCAUCUCGGUCGGCGUGCGCAGGAGUCUCUUUCACGACUCAGCACUGCUUCUCCACUGCUCUUGUUAUCCGGCUACAGACAGAGCUGUACGCCUAUUUCCACGAGCUUCACGGCAUUCCUGCUGAGCUCUGGAAGAAUCUGGUGGUAGUGGCUCCAGUCCAUUCCACAGCCCGUGGUUGCAUCUCCGUCACGGACAGCCUGCGCCAAGCUGUCGCUGUUGUCCAUGCGCCCGUUGAAGAUACGCUAGAUGGCUAUUGUCUGCUGGCUCUGUUGCGCAAGGUGUUUGGUGACCUCGCAGCACAGUAUAGCCCGGGCACUAGCUACUCCACAAGCAUCAUCAGCUCUGCUUCGAUUCGUCAGCACCUCCACGAGCCAAGCGACAAGUUUGAUUUCGCUGUGUACGACGCAGAGGACGUCCGAUCAUCCGUAGCAACAAAGGGUCAUCUCUCCACUAGCCAACGUGACGUUGAUCGUGCCCCGCUUCUUCUCGAAUGGCCGGUCAACCAUGCUUCACUGCUCUCUGCACAGUCCUUUGAGUCCAUCCGAGAAAGCCUUGGUGAGUCCGACCUGCCUGCACUAGCCACCUGCCUGGGCCUUACAUCAUCAUCUUCAUCAUGUGUGGACAGUAAUCAUCUAUGCGCUGCAGCAGCAUUGGUCCACAGCUGGGCAGUUACCGACUACCAUCACACCUCGACCAAGCUUCACCAGCUGCUAGUGAAAUCACCGAACGCCCAGCGCUUUGCAAAGAUCUGCAAGGUGCUACGGCAGCAUGAAGAACUGCUGGCCACCGAUUUCCCGGACAUAUUCCGGAAGCGUCGGGUGCAAGCCGUCCAGCCGGUCUCUGCGGGAGCUAUUUCCUCGACUGUUCAAUCAGACUCCGCGGAGAGCGUUCCUUCGACCCGCCAGUCACACUCUGAUCAAGCCAGUCAGUCCACUGCUGCUCGGCAAGAUGAUGCUGGCCAUGCUGAGCAUCACGCUGCUGAUGGCAGCUGUGGAAUUUUCCUAUCCACUUCACCACUCCAUGCCAUGUGGUCAAGGGACGAAAGCAUUGCAAACCUGUAUGAGGAGGAUGAAGCGGAGCUCUCUGAACAAACAGACUCGGUGGAGAGCGUUCCUUCUGGCAGCCAGUCACACUCUGAUCAAGCCAGUCAGUCCACUGCUGCUCGCCAAGAUGAUGCUGGCCAUGCUGAGGGUCAUGCUGCUCAUGGGAGCUGUGGUAUUGUCCAACCCACUUCACCACUAGAGAAAUUUUUGUCAGACAUUUCUGACUAUCAAGACUUUAGUGAAUGGAUGGAAAAGUGCAUCGGCCGCCCUAGACGUGAGGACUUUGCCCGAGCCGUUGCAAAACUGAUUGACCCAGAAUACAGCAACCAUUUCAAAGACGACAUGCAAGACUUUAUCAAGAAAAACGACCUUGGCACCACUGACAUACCGGAUAAUAUGCAUGGCGUUAUCAGGUGGGCCGUGGACAAAGCUGGAACGCGUGAAAUCACCCUGGCCGAGUUGAAGAAGAUUGCGCUACGCCUGAAUCCCGACAAGAAGAAAAGGAUUGAGAAAACAUUCCAUGAUGAAACAUGGUGAAGCGUCAUCUUGAAGCUGCCCUGCCCAGCAGUGGCCUCUAUUCGUUCCUGGCUUAACUCUCAACUGUCUACAUUCUACUGGUAGAGAGUCACUCGACAGCAGAACACCUCAAGCAUCUGAAGACCAUCUUCCAUCACUUGGCAGAGUAUGGUUUGGUGGUCGGUGUCAGCAAGUUUGUCUUCAUGCAGCCCUCCGUGACACUCCUGGGUCACAAUGUCAAAGCCACUGCCGGCGGUGGCAUUGAGACACUGGCAGAGAAGGUCAAGGUCAUGGUGGACUACCCUGCUCCAGACACUCACUCUGCUCUCUACCUCGCUUUCUGGGUUUGGUAAAUCUCUACCGACGCUUCAUCCCGGAUUGUGCAUGCAUUCUUCAGCCGCUCUCGUAUAUGUUAGCAGGCCCUCAAUCUCCCACGCACCUUUGUCGCGAACGUAGCAAAUACAUGAAAAUAAAUUCGGAAUAACUAAUUUGUAUUUUGCAUUACAUGACGAUGAUUAACAUUAGUGUUUUUGUAUAUACCAUGACAAUGAUUGUGCUCUCUUACUCUCUCUUACAUUGUGGCUGAUUCCACGCUUGGGUUAGCAGAAUUCAGGUUCCCUAUCUUCAUUUCUAAGAAUUGACUCCAUUCCACUUCAAAGUAGCUUCGAAGGUAGUCUUCAUUUCUCUAGUCUUUGCAUUUCGUUCUCAAACAAAUUCUUCGUUAAGUUUUCGUACCGUGUCUAGUCUCGCGCUCUUGAUUUGUUUUGCUCGCGCGUGACUUUCCUUUCUGUUUUUUUUAUGCAUGACCCUGAUGACGUAUUGGUAUGAUGUAUAUGUGCACUUGAUCACUUGCCUACGUGACUACGUGUUCACUAACUACAGCCAGUACUAGGCUAGUGUACUUUAGCUGUAGGCUAGUGUACUUUAGCUGUAGGCUAGUGCACUUUAGCUGUAGGCUAGUGCACUUUAGCUGUAGGCUAGUGUACUUUAGCUGUAGGCUAGUGUACUUUAGCGAUUCGCUCUUCUUACUACUAUUUUUUCUGCGUUUCUAUUUUGCACUAGUUCCUUUUUCCACCAUUCCACGUCAAUAAAAGUUCUGGUCGCCAUUUUAAUGCAUGAUCGUUGUGCACAGAUGCAUGUGGAUGCAGCUGCCCUGUUUCCUUUACUUUUGAAUCUUUAUUGAGAAAGAACCUUUCCUAAUCAUAAAUGAAGAAACAUUGUUUGUAAAUUUGUUCCUUGGCUCACCAUCUGAGUCCUUAAAGCUAUUAUUCAUUUUCUGCUGCCCCCGGUUAUUUCUUUUAUUAGUAUUAUUACUUUAUUUGUGCCUAAGGAGAGUGUUUGGCCAUGAUCAGUAUACUUCUAUCGAUUUCAUUCUCACCAAAUAUAACCUGUAUACUUUCUCUCGCCGUGUAAACUUGAAGCUGUUUGUGUUUGUUUUUAGGUGUCUAUCUCGUUGCACCAGUCCUCUUUUAAGCACGAUAUUUACCCCGCGCUCUGCAUCGUGCCGCACAAUUGCUGCUACCCGCGGUCAAGCUUCAGCUGCUCUGAACCUACCCAGAGCUACGUCUCGUUACGGCCUGAAUGCUAUUUCAUUUUUGGCAGCAGACAGAUGGAACAUGCUUCCACCUGGAUGUCGUCAAGCUAAGCCCCUUUCUGCAUUUGUCACAAGCACCAAGUCAUUCCUAGGGUUCCCAGUAAAAAGGCAACGCCUGUUGGGAGUUCCCUAGUAAAAUAAUAAAUUCUACUACUACUACUACUACUCUUUGCCUUCGCUUUCUUGUUAUUGGUCAAAUUGC